AUGUUGAUGUCCGCACACAAGCCAUGUACCAGACAGAUGAUGGAUCAAGGCUUUGUAGGACUUAUAUUUUCCUGCUUCAUAGAAGAUAAAAAUACAAAGACUGGACGGGUACCCUAUACUUGCUUUCAAUCCAUACAGACCCAAAAGAGCUCAGAGUAUGAGAGAAUUGAAAUCCCAAUUCAUAUUGUACCUCACAUAACCAUUGGGAAAGUAUGCCUUGAGUCAGCAGUUGAGCUGCCCAAGAUCCUGUGCCAAGAAGAACGAGAUGCAUAUAGGAGGAUCCACAGCCUUACACAUCUGGACUCAGUAACCAGGAUCCAUAAUGGCUCAGUGUUUACCAAGAAUCUGUGUAGUCAGAUGUCAGCAGUCAGCGGACCUCUACUACAGUGGUUGGAGGACACACUGGGGCAAAACCAACAGCAUGUGCAGGAGCUGCAACAAGAAAAGGAAGAGCUUCUGCAAGAACUUUCUUCUUGCAGGAGACAGAACGGGGAAGAAUGA